UUUUUUUUUUUUUUCUCUCCCAAUACAAAAAGAUUCUUCUCUCUCCCUCUAAGGUCUUCACGUGCUCUUUCACAGUAAAACCGCACCUCUCUCUGGGCUCUUCCUCUCUUACUACAAAACCCUCCCACAACUACCAUUUCCCCUGUUUCAUUCCUCCAUGCCAUUAGGGAAAGCAGAAUCAAACUUGAGAGAAAGGAAGAGAGGGAAAACAAAAACGAAUAUAUUAUAUAUAUAUAACUACUGUUUCUUUUUCUUCUUCUUUGACUUUUAGCUUUUUUCCUUCGUUGCCACUCCUUAAUGGCAAUAGAGAAGCAAGAUUUUGAGUUUUUGAUUUGUAGAGAUGUAGAUUGGCGUUGCAUUUCGAAUAAGAAGAAGGAGAAAUGGAAGGACGUUUCCCUUUUUUCUUACAUUUUCUUGCUUCUGCAGCUGCUCGGGUGCUUCUUCAUUCAACCAGUUUCAAGUCAGGCCUGGGAUGGCGUCAUUGUCACAGCAGCUGAUUUUCAAGCACUUCAAGCGUUUAAGCAAGAGUUAAUUGACCCAAAAGGGUUCUUAAAGAGCUGGAACGACAGUGGCUAUGGUGCUUGUUCUGGUGGUUGGGUUGGAAUCAAGUGUGCUCAAGGGCAAGUCAUAGUUAUCCAACUCCCAUGGAAAGGACUAGGUGGCAGAAUCACUGAGAAAAUUGGGCAAUUCCAAGCACUUCGAAAGCUUAGCCUUCAUGAUAAUCUCAUUGGCGGCUCCAUCCCUCGAGCAUUAGGCAUUCUCCCUGAUCUUAGAGGUGUUCAGCUAUUCAAUAACAGGCUUUCAGGCUCAAUUCCUGCUUCAUUAGGUUCAUGUCCUUUGCUUCAAACUCUUGACCUUAGUAAUAAUUCACUCACUGGGACAAUCCCUGAGAGUCUUGCGAACUCUACUAAGCUUUUCAGGCUCAACGUUAGCUUCAAUUCUUUGUCAGGAUCAAUCCCAGUUUCUUUCACUCAUUCUACUUCUCUUAUUUUUCUUGCACUUCAACACAACAACCUUUCUGGUUCUAUCCCAGAUUCUUGGGGUGCAACACAAAAGAAUAGCUUUUAUCAACUUCAGUACUUAACCCUUGACCAUAACUUCCUUUCUGGAAGCAUACCUGCCUCUUUAGGAAACUUAAGUGAGCUCCAAGAGGUUUCUCUUAGUCAUAAUCUGAUUACUGGACCCAUACCAAGUGAUAUGGGAAGUCUUUCUGUGCUCAGGAAUCUAGAUCUUUCUAAUAAUGCAAUUAAUGGAAGCUUGCCUGCUACUCUCUCCAAACUUUCCUCUCUUGUUCUGUUAAACCUGGAAAGCAAUGAUCUUGAAAAUCAAAUCCCAGAAUCCAUUGACAGUUUACAUAACCUUUCUGUUCUAGUUUUGAAGAGCAACAAAUUUAGUGGUCCAAUUCCAGCAACUUUAGGGAACAUUUCCAGUUUAACUCAACUUGAUUUGUCAGAGAAUACGCUCAAUGGAGAAAUCCCAUUUUCUCUUGCUGAUCUCAAAGGUCUUAAUUCUUUAAAUGUUUCAUAUAACAACCUCUCUGGCCCUGUUCCAACUCCACUCUCCCAAAAGUUCAACUCAAGCUCUUUUGUGGGAAAUAUUCAGUUAUGUGGUUAUCCUGGAUCAACUCCAUGCCCUGCUCCAGCACCUUCUCAAAAUGUCCCUUCUUCACCAUCCGAGAAAUCGAAACAUAAACAUAGAAAAUUGAAUACCAAAGAUAUAAUCCUAAUUGCUGCAGGAGCCCUACUUAUAGUUCUGCUUGUUCUUUGUUUCGUUUUGCUGUGUUGCUUGAUCAAAAGAAGGGCAACAUCGAAGGCAAAAAAUGGUCAAACAACUGGAGCUGCUGCUGCAGCAAGAGGUGAAAAGGGAACUCCAGCAGCUGGUGGUGAAGUUGAAGCAGGAGGAGAGGCUGGUGGGAAACUAGUCCAUUUUGAUGGGCCCAUGGUUUUUACUGCUGAUGAUCUUUUGUGUGCAACUGCGGAAAUUAUGGGGAAGAGCACCUAUGGGACAGUCUAUAAGGCCACAUUAGAGGAUGGAAACCAGGUGGCAGUGAAGAGACUUAGAGAAAAGAUUACCAAAGGUGAGAGAGAAUUUGAAAAUGAGGUCAAUGUGCUAGGCAAAAUCCGUCAUCUGAAUCUUCUGGCUUUGAGGGCUUAUUACUUAGGACCCAAGGGAGAGAAGCUUCUUGUUUUUGAUUACAUGCCUAAAGGGAGUCUUGCAACUUUCCUUCAUGCUCGAGGGCCAGACACACCCAUUGAUUGGCCAACAAGGAUGAGAAUAGCAAAGGGUGUUACUCGAGGCCUGCUGUACCUUCACACUCAAGAGAACAUAAUUCAUGGGAACCUUACAUCAAGCAAUGUGUUACUUGAUGAGGAUACAACUGCUAAAAUAGCAGAUUUUGGCCUUUCUCGUCUAAUGACGGAUGCUGCAAAUGCUAAUGUAAUUGCAACAGCUGGAGCAUUAGGCUACAGAGCGCCGGAGCUUUCAAAGCUCAAGAAAGCCAACACAAAGACUGAUGUGUACAGCCUUGGGGUUAUCAUAUUAGAACUCCUAACGGGGAAAUCUCCUGGAGAGGCAAUGAAUGGUGUGGAUUUGCCACAAUGGGUUGCCUCUAUAGUGAAAGAAGAGUGGACAAAUGAAGUCUUUGAUCUGGAGUUGAUGAGGGAUGCACCUUCCAUUGGUGAUGAGUUACUAAACACUUUGAAACUGGCUUUGCAUUGUGUUGAUCCAUCACCAUCUGCACGACCAGAAGUUCAACACGUUCUCCAGCAGCUAGAAGAGAUUAGGCUAGAGACACCUGCUAGUUCUGGACCCUCUGGUGAUGAUGGAGCAGCAGGUCCUUCAACAAGCGAGUGAGAAAAGGGUUUUAGGAGUUGGGUUUAUGUAUGUAGGCAAUAGAGUAUAAUUCUUUUAUUCUUACAAGGUAUCUUAAGAUAUUAAUUUUGUGUGCCAAUCUAUGAGUCUGUAAAUAUCAGUAUCUUUCAAUUGCUCGAGGAUGUUGUCAUCAAUUGUCAUGAUUUAGUUUAAUAGUUGGUU